UGCAUCGAUAAAAGACAUCGUAAGAGACGAUAAGAGACAUUGUGAUGAGUCACAAUCGUAAUCUUCAUAAGUAUUUCGUAAUUUAAACGAUCGAGUGCAUUAUUCCAAGGAAUUUUUUCGGAUUAGUCUUAUCGACGGCGAUAAAAUGUGGAUCUCGUUACAAGGUGUUAGAAAGCAAAAAUAUACGUAGGCGGCGUCUACAUCCGGAAGCAACUUCGAUCGUUAUUUAACUAACGAUCUAACGAAACGCUCGUUACUCUCGUUAGUUGGGCAAUGCAAUGCGAUACAAAUAUUUCAGUAUCGAAUGAAAAUGGUGCGAUCGGCGGUUCUCUGAAUACCGCGAGAAAUGUUUGUCGCAAAGGCGGACGCUUCGAGCAUUAUACUCGUAGCAAAUUUGAUUGGAUUUCCUUCCUAGUCAAUUCCGCGAGUCGCGCGUUGCCGAUUCGAUCUCCGAUCAUUGGCUUUUUUUCCUCCCGAUCGAAAAGCGACGCGCGAGGAGGUACAUACAUACUUAUACUCGCCUCGCGCGUCAAGUGGACUGACGCGAGAGAGAGAGAGAGAAGGAAAGCUCCCCUAGAGAAGUGAGGGAAGAGGGAACGUGCGUCAGGCAAGUGAAGUGAGUCAUCCGUGACGAAAUAAAGGUGUGUGCGAGGUGCGAGGUGCGAGUUUCCGGUACAUACACACGUAUACGGUGUACGGUGUAAGAAAAAGGAUGGAAGAGAUGAGAUAGUCGAUGGGACUCGCGUCAUCGCGUCAUUGCGCGCGUCACGUCGAAGGCAUUCCAUGGCGAGACAGAUCGUUCCGCUUUGCCCCGCUACGCUCCCUCUCCCUCUCGUUCUCGCUCUGUCGACUCUGUCGUUCGAUUCGCGCGCGUGACGAAAAGCGCGAGCCGCCGCCGCGCGAGUCGGUCGAGUCGCGCGACGAACGAGGUACGGCGAGGUCGGCGAGCAAGUUUCGAUUCGAUCGAGGCGCUGAGAGCCCGAGAGCCGGUCGUCGAGGCAUGAGUAUGAGUAUGAGUAUGACUAUGACAGUGCGCGAUUCGCCGGACGCCACGCACGGGUGUCGAUAGAAAGGAAGAGUGUCUAUGUUGCGACUUGCGUGGCGCAGCCGCCGCGCCGCGCCGCGCCGCGAAGAAAAGUGACAGACUCGGGGUGAAGCGGUGAAGACCGAAGACCGGUGUCACCGGUGAACCAGGUGAACGUGAAGUCGGUGGCUGCGCGUCGCCGUCGCCGUCGCCGUCGUCGUCGAGAGCUCGGCAAGAUCGAGGUCUCCGUCGGCGUGACGACGAUGCGAUCCGAUCGCGGCUCGGCCACCCGAUGGAAGACGGAAUCACAUCUCGGGCAAGCGGGGCAGGAGCCAAAACCAAAGCCAAGUCAGCCAAGUCGCUUCGGGACAAUCGGCACGGGCGUCACGGACGGGUCGCGUAGUUGACGCGCUCGUAAUUGGCGCGGGUCUCGGAGGCUCGGAGGUUAGCGUCGCCGUCGCCCGAGCGGGCCAGGGCGGGCCAGGGCGGGCCGGGGUUAGGAGGCGCGUGAAUGAGUUGCAGGAGGCGAGCACGUUGCCGUCGUCGCCGUCGUGGUCGUCGUCGCCGUCGCCGCCGCCGCGCGGAUGCUAAGGCUGAGGCCGAGGCUGAGGGAACGAUGCGCGGUCAGUAGGGCGCGUCGUCGGUCGUCGCUCGACUCCUGGCCGUGAUGCGUCCGCACGAGGGUGCCCGGUCGAGGCGAGAAAUAGCGGAAAGGAAGCGGGGCAGGAGGGAGGAGGAGGAGGAAGGUGCAGGUGCAGGCCGGCACGCUAGAUCCGCGGUGGCCUAAAAGCCCCUCGCUCAAACUCGCGCUCCCUUGGAAAAUGAACUCCAUGCUAUAUACUCUCUACGGGUUCGCGAUAUUCUUCAUGAUAUUCUGGUCGGGUAUGUGGGUGGUGCACGUGCUGGCGUUGAUUGCCGGCCGCUGGAAGCUCCAUCGGAAGACGAACCAGGCGCCGAGCUACGAGACGCCGUUGCCGGGGGUGUCGGUGAUCAAGCCCCUGAUGGGGGUCGACCCGAACCUCUUCGGCAACCUCGAGACCUUCUUCACCAUCGAGUAUCCGCGAUACGAGCUCCUGUUCUGCGUCGAGGACGAGUCCGAUCCCGUGCUGAUGCUGGUGCGCAAGCUCGUCGAAAAGUAUCCGGAGGUCGAGGCCAGGCUCUUCGUCGGCGGCACCAAGGUCGGGGUGAAUCCGAAGAUCAACAACAUGCAGCCGGCGUACGAGGCCGCCAAGUACGAGCUGGUGCUCAUCAGCGACAGCGGCAUACGCAUGAAGGAGGACACUCUCCUGGACAUGGUCCAUCACAUGACGGACCGGGUGGCUCUGGUUCAUCAGAUGCCGUUCACCUGCGACCGCGAGGGCUUCGCCGCCGCCUACGAAAAGAUCUUCUUCGGCACGGUGCAGUCGCGGAUGUAUCUCGCCGCGGAUAUGCUCAGGAUUAACUGCCACACCGGCAUGUCGGCUCUCCUGAGAAAGUCCACGUUGGACGAGGUCGGCGGGCUGAGGGCGUUCGGCAUCUAUCUCGCGGAAGACUUUUUCUACGCGAAAUCCCUGACCGACCGCGGCUGGCGCAUCACCAUCUCCUCGCAGCCGGCCUUGCAGAACAGCGGCCACUGCGCGGUCGAUUCCUUCCAGGCGCGACUACGACGGUGGGCUAAACUGAGGGUGGCUAUGCUACCCACCACCAUCGUUUUCGAGCCGCUGAGCGAGUGCCUCGUUCUCGGCGGCUUCGCCUCCUGGGCGGCCAGCGUGCUCUUCGAAUGGGAUUCUCUAGUUUUCUAUCUGGUACACAUACUCUUGUGGUUUAUGUUCGACUGGACGCUACUGUGCCUAGUGCAAAACGGUCCGCUACCCUUCAACAAACUCGAGUUCGUGUGCGGUUGGUUGCUCAGCGAGAUCACGAGACCGUAUCUUUUCCUCCAGGCUGUCCUGGAUCCUCUCAUACAGUGGCGCUCGCGUGUUUACAGGCUCAAAUGGGGCGGCGUCGCGGAGGAAGUUAAGGCGAAAGUCAAAUAUUGAGAGUUCAUGAGCAUGAGUGCGUGAGUGCGUGCGGGCGUGCGUGCGUGCGUGUGUGCAGGUGCGCCUACGUGCGUACGUGCGUACGUGUCAAACUAGACAGAGAGAAAUAGAGGCGGCGCGCAGCGUUCCUUCUUUCUCCUUUUUUACUGAUAAGCGCGCGUACGUAUGCGAGGUGUUCUGAUUAUCGGAUCUUUCUCCUCGUGGAUCUCUCUUUCUUGGUUGAUCUUUUGAUAAUAUUCUUACAAUUAUAGUCUCUUAAUUUACAACUGAAUCGAAGAUAAAGAGAUAUGUUAGCGGAUUACGCUAAGAAGCUGAACGUAAAUUAUUGUCUUAUAAAGGAAAUUGUAUCUUAAACAGAGUUUUAAUUUUUUACUUAAUUAUCAAUAUUUUGGCAAUUAAGUAAUAUGAAUGAAAUCCAAAUAAAUAUUGCCUUCUUUUUUAUUGAAUAUCCAUUUUCUGAGGCGAAGACCAUAGUACCGUGCUUUAAAACUCGACAAAACUCUUAUCGCGUUAGGUUUGGCAUUCGACAGGGAAUAUUAUAAUACGAAAAAGUUUUUUUUAUUCCAAGUUGAAUCUAUUUCCAUUUUGAAACAACUGUCCUUCCAUAAACUGAAAUUCUGUCGUACGGAACACAUAAUGACAUUUUCAUUUUGUAUAUACCACUAAAAUAAAAGGGAGAUUGAGGAGAAAUUUCAGAAUGGAAGGACCUUACUGUUUUAAAAAUGCAUGGAACUUGCUUGGAACACCUCGUUUAGGGUAGAGUCCCUCGAGUAAGAGUUUGGACAUCGCCACUUUCAGGCCACGAUAGUGUGCUUUUUAAAAACGUUCAAGUCAGUUUAGCAUGUGAUUUGUUAAUGAAAAAGGAUUUUUCAAUAUUCCAUAUAUGUAUAUACACAGUUAUGUAUAUACACAAGUAUUAUUAUUACUAUAAAAAGUAAAUCUGUAAAAUAAAUUAUUGUAAAUAACUUUCUUCGUAAUUAGUUGGAAAUAUAUAGCGGAUUAAUCAAACUCAUUGUCUAAACUCCAAGUCCAAACUCUUAAUUGAGGAACUCUUAGCUUAGAACUUCCUAUUUUAUUUUUUGUACAUACGACAAAUUUUUCAAGCGUGUCGAGUGGCUGCGGGACAGAGAAUUCCUGGAGACAACAAAUUCUCUUUCCGUGCAGUUAAUUAACAUUUGAAAAAUUUAUCAUACGACAAACGAAAUAGUAUAUCUUACAGUCUGUAUGCGAUUGAUUGGUGCGCGUUUUAAACAAUUGUUACGCAGCGCGCAGACCAAUUCGUCCAGCUUUAUUGAUUCUUCCCUUUAUAUUUUAAACAAUGUAAAGUCGUCAAGAAACCGUUAAAUAAACCGUUUGCGUUUUAGGCUUUACUAAUGGAUACAAGUCAUAAUAUUAUAUCAAAUAUAUACAUAAAAAAUUUGAAAAUCUGAUAUUUUAUCUGUGACUAAAUAAAAUUGGUCGAAUUGAUCCGCACGCGAUACGUUGACGCGUCAACCAAUAAGAGAAACGUUCGACACGUAUUAUUCCCAUUAAGUAUGCUCAAUAUGGUGCAAUGUUUUUUGUGAAGGUUAUUUAUUUGUAUGGUACGGUAGAACCUCUCUAUUCUAUUAUCUUCUAUUUUACAUUCCUUUCUAUAUAUUUAUUUUGGAAAUGUAUUCUUUUACAUUUACAUAGAUUACUUCGAUUACAUUAAUAUCUAUGGAAAUUUAGUUAAAAAAUUGAUGUCAAACGCAUGCAGUAAACACAGCGGCCAUACUUAAGAAAGGCAAAUAAUAAGAAAUCUAAUAUUUAAUGUCUUGAUUAUUAUCAUCGACGAGACACUUAAAAACACGGCAAAUUUUUACAUCUAGGUUCUAUAAAGGGUACAUGGUAAUAGAUAUAUGUAACAGAGCUUUCAGAGGGCAGGUAUAGUGGGUUAAGAUAAAAAGAAUUCUUCACCGUUUUGCAAUGUUUAAUUAUAAUUGAAAAAUUGCGUAAUACUUCAACAUAUAUGAAAAAAUAGUAGGAAAAUAAUAAAAUUAUAUGGAAAUAUAUAGGAUGCUAAAGGAUUCAAGAUUUUUAGAGCUUAGUUUUUAAUUACUCUUCAAUGAGUGCUAUAUGCUUGAAAUUAAAAUCAUUAACUAAUUUUUAAUUUUCAUUGACAAUUGACGUACAUUGCAUUUUUCUUGUCUUUCUUAAAUGUGCCAGCAUGGCUCACCUGUGCGUUUCAUCAAAAUCCAUUUACGUUAGCGAUAGGUUCAGUAGGUAUUCUGCAUAAAAGUUGGUUUUUGAAACAACUUGUGAACUGGAAUUCUUAUUUUGCAUUACUAUCACGCACUCGCUAAGUGAUCUCAUGACCGUGCAUAGAGCGAGAAAGCGAGUGGAAGAUAGAGCGCGCAACAUUUUUAUCUACGUAUAUGCUAUUGGAACAAAAGUGAGAAUUAAGAGGAGAUUCCAGAAUAGAGAAGUUCUACUAAUUUUAUUGAUACGUAAAACUAGUCGCGAUUAAAUGUACAGAUCGAUGGUAUUGUUCUUUUUCGGUAGCGAUACUACGGCAACGCUUUCAUCUUUCCAUGCGUCGUUAUGGAAAUUCAUUUUACGGUUCGAGAUUAAUGCGCGCGGAUACAUCAUUUUUCAUUGCGGACUUGGCAAUUAAACGCAUUGUCAGAUAUGGGAUCCGGAGGAGCGUGGUUUUUCUAUGAUUAAUCGUCUGGGAUCAAACCGUGGAUAAAUAUAUUCCCAUACCUCACGUACGAAUGUACAAGUUGCACGAUUAAAGUUUCAAUUUAUUGCAAAUGUACUCUGUAUUAUAUAUAUGUAUAUUUGACUUUUGUGUAAUACGCACAUGUAUAAUUUUCGACGCGUCCUAUUUAUCUUUGAUUCGAUUUCGAGUAGAGCGCAAAAUCGCUAGCGAUCUAGCUCUUGAUAAAUUUUUAUGAUAUAUUUUUACGAUAAUAAGAUUAUAUUCGCCGAUUUACUGAAUUGUACUUGUGCGCUGUACUUAACUAAUUUAGAUGAGCCGAUACAUUUGUACAUACAUACAUUUGUAGGGUAAUUGGGGGGAACAUGCCACACUUAACAAAUAUUUGAUUUUUUUCCUAUUUUUCUUUCUCUUUGAAGUAUCUUUGCAUACUAAUCUUCUUUUUCCUUUUAUUUUAAUCUGUCAUAUCCAUAUGUUUAUCUGUUAUUUCUAUCACUAAUUAUCGAGAUCUCAACAUUUCGAGUACUUGCAACUCGUCCGCGUCGCGUAAAUGAGUCACGAUCGGUCUCGCUCCGCGCGUACCUAUACUUGGCGCGAGACACUACCGUGUCUCUUGAUAUGUCAUUUGUUAUU